GGAAACAUUGCAGUUCCAGAGCUGGGGCGGGGAGAGGACGGGUUUUUUUGCAGUGCUCGAUUUAAGCUCGGCUCGCCACUUCUCCCGCUCCAGAAGCAGCUGACGGGGAACUCGAGUCAUAUGAUUAUCACCCAGAAGACUGCGGUGCCGGUGUCAAAAUGUUGCUGAAGGAAAGCGUUAUCCUGAUAUUGUCGCUGUGGACUCUAAGUUCAGGUUUUUUAAUAAAGGAGCCCAAAGAAGCAAAAGAGGCAUGGGGGUAUGUUCCUGUCAGAAGCAAUGCAAGCAUGUUCUGGUGGUUGUACUAUGCAGACAGUCCUACUCAGAAUUUCACAGAUCUUCCUUUGAUCUUAUGGCUGCAGGGAGGCCCAGGAGCUUCAAGUUGCGGAUAUGGAAAUUUUGAAGAGAUUGGCCCUUUAGAUGCUGAUCUAAAACCAAGAAGGACAACUUGGCUGCAGGCAGCAAGUCUACUCUUCGUUGACAAUCCCGUUGGCACCGGAUACAGUUAUGUUAACGACUCCCUUGCCUAUGCCACUGAUCUCUGCAUGGUCACUUCAGAUAUGAUGGUGGUUCUCCGAGAGUUCUUUAAAUCAAGGAUGGAAUUCCAGACAAUCCCUUUUUACAUCUUUUCAGAAUCUUAUGGAGGAAAAAUGGCAGCUGCCAUUGCUCUGGAACUUCAUAAGGCUGUUCAAGCUGGAGCAAUCAAGUGCAAUUUUCAUGGAGUAGCCCUUGGUGAUUCAUGGAUUUCUCCUCUAGAUUCUGUGCUUGCUUGGGGGCCUUACCUAUAUAGCACUUCUUUCCUAGAUGAUAAAGGCUUGAAGGAAGUCACUACUGCUGCGAAGAAGAUCCUGAAUGCAAUGAAUAUAGGGGCAUUUAAGCUUGCUACACUGCUCUGGAGUAAAGCAGAGGAUAUCAUAGAAAAGAACACGAAUGGUGUGAAUUUCUAUAACAUUCUAAAAGAAGACACUGCGGAGGACACAGCUGUUUCAUCUGCUGCAGGUGAAACCGUCCCAUUUUUAAAAUUGUUCCAGCGUCAUGUACAAAAUCAAAAUAAAGAUAAGCUGAAUGACUUGAUGAAUGGGCCCAUCAGAAAGAAGCUGAAAAUAAUUCCAGACCAUGUCACAUGGGGAGCGCAAUCAAAAGAUGUAUUUAUGAAUAUGGCUGAAGACUUUAUGAAAAAUGUAAUUGAUGUUGUAGACAGCUUGCUGGAAGCCAAUGUUAAUGUUACUGUAUACAAUGGGCAGCUGGAUCUCAUCGUUCCUACAAUGGGGCAAGAAGCUUGGCUCCGGAAACUGAAAUGGCCUCAACUGAAAGAAUUUAAUUCCCUGAGGUGGCAGGCUUUGUAUGCCUGCCCACAAUGCACAGAGACGGCUGCUUUUUAUAAAUCCUAUUGUAACUUGGGCUUCUUCUGGAUUCUGAAGGCUGGCCACAUGGUCCCGGCUGACCAAGGUGACAUGGCACUGAAGAUGGUUAGGAUGGUGACCCAACAAAAGCACUAACCAAAUUAGAGCCAGCUGGCUUGGCUCCUCCACAAAACAAGAGCACAUUGUUUGGGAUCUUUUCAUUGCACCCUGAAGGCAGAAGGAACAAUGUUUCUUUGACACCAUGUGUUUUUUUCCUCUCAGAUACUAUACAAGGCAUUUUGAGGAGACAUAAUAAUUCACUUUCUCCUGUGUUACUCCUCUUGUAAAAUGUGAAAAUCUCUUGAUCCACUUCUGUUUAGCAUAAUUCUUAAAUGCUGGAGAGGGAAGCUGUAAAUAAAUCAGGAAUGGGCAUCUCGUAGGCCAUGGGUGGCCUCUAUGUCAGAGCCUCAGAACACCCUCCUUUUGCCCUGCAACAUCUGACAAAAAUGGUGAAAUAUCAGCGACACCCUUUUGGGGUAGGUUUUGCCAAAAUGAAAUGGCAAUGGAUUGGUUAGCCUCACAGAUGCAAAAUGCACCCAUUUCCAGCUUCAAAACACUCCCAAAUAACCAGAAAAUGCCUCCCAACCAGGCUCGGCCCUAUCCACCUGGAGACAUCAUUGUCCUAGCCUCCAAAUAGUCAGGUGUGGCUCCCAGGACGAAAAAGGUUGCCCACUCUUGAACUAAUGUUCAAGGCAGUGGUUCCUUUUGAUUGAUUUUAAUUCUUUUUUAAUAUAUAUCCUAUGCGUGAAGGCUACAGAACAUUCCACUUGGAGCCUGGUUUCUUGUCCAGACCCAUGAGAAAGGCAAUUUUCCAGAUUCUCACCCUCCCAGAGACAAGCCUGUGAUCAACUGCAGGUGAAAUUGUACUGGGAGUGGGAAGCCAGAGCACUUUUCUAACCCAAGCACUCUUAUACAUGCUCAGACAAUUGACCUGGAGCUUGCCCCAGAGCUCAUCCCCAAAGCCAUCACACUUUCUUCUAGAAGCCAUUGUAGCUUGAUUGAAAACGGGGGAUUGGGUUCAGGUCUCAUUAAUUUAAGUGAGAUCUGCUUCUUAGAAAGUGUAUUCAGGAUCGACAGGCGUAUCCCAGAUUGCAUACAGAGCUAAGUCCCCACUUCUAAAGCAGAAGCAAUUGUUUUCCUUGGCUUCGGGUGAGGGGGAAAUACAGGAAUAAAAGCAACCUGCAGCUAAGGUUCAGUAUCUCCUAACCUUGAUCUUUAGGCUAGUGGGUUAGCCUAAGCAAAGGUCAGACUAUUGGGUUGUUUGCCCCAACCCAUCUGGUAUUGUCCAGAUGGGCUGGAAUGGUAGCUGCUAGGAUUCUGAAACUUCCAUGUCAACACAUCUGGUUGGUAAAUUGAGGAACGCAGGUCUAACCUAUACUCUGCUGUUCUUUCUAGGAUUGGGGGAUUACUUAACUUUAACUCAGUUACCAGUUUGGGAUAACUAGUCUGUUGUUCACAAAUCCAACAGUUGUUUUGCUCAGUACUCCCUUCCUUUUGACACAUGCUUUAAGUUCUCUGUUCAGUUGAGUAACCAACCGAGAGGGCUUUGGGAAGUAUUUGUUUCCUUUGCAUUGUUUACACUGUCACAGUAAAUGAAGCAAGCUGCUAAGUAAGGAAGCGCUGAAGCCUCCACACAGAUAAUGACUAGAAAAUUCCAUAAGAUGGAAAGAUGAAGGAAAUUGCCGGUAAUGUUAAAAGAAAGCAAACACACAAACUUAGCUCAGAAUUAUCCACCUUUGGCUGUCCCACUUUCUCAGAGCUUUCUAUCUGGAAAGUCGAUAUAGAGGCUUCUCACAUUUGUAAUGGAGUGCAUCUCUUGAACAAUUAAGCCUUCAGGGAAAGCACUAUGUCUUCCUUAAAGAUGCCAAAUGUUGGAAAUGAAACUUGAGAUUCUUUCUACACAGUUUAAUGCCUGCCUGUCCAAUAGAUUAGAGAAACAAAUUCCAUGCGGGUAAAAUUGCCUUUGUCUUAUGUAUAUUAUGUAUAUGGCUUUCAGAUAUGGCCUUAAUAAAUAUUGAUUUCCCUAAUACCUCA